AUGAACGGAGAAACUAGAGCUACCAGCGCGGAUAGGCAAUCGGCCGGCAAGAGCAAUCGUUUGAGAUCGACGUCGGAAAAGUCGUCGACGGAGUUGCAUCGGGAUUAUCUCGACAUGGACACCGACGAGGAGGAAUUCGGUCGUCAAGAAACACCGGAAACGGAGAACGACGAGCCGAUCGAGCCGGACAAACCCGUUUACACCUCCCAAGAAAUCGAUCAAUUGCUGAGCACGAUCAAGGACCUGACCAUCCUGCCGAAGCUGCGGCCCAGCGCCUGGAAUGAUCCGGACUGCCGCGAGAUCGUGGAGAGGUACUUUCGCGAUCCGGCCCACGAGCUGCUGACGAUCUAUCUGCGUCGGGGCGCGCUGCGCGCCCUCGUGGACGCGUAUCCGCGCGAGCCCACCGACAGCGGCCUGUGCUACUUCGCGCGCCGCGAGCCCUGGCAGAUCUUCCGGCCGGAGAGCUUCGUCGGCCAGGUGCAGUUCGGCUGCCUGACCGAUCGCCGCCUCGACAUGGCGAUACUGAGGUUGACCGAGGCCACGUUCGCGCCGCUGGCUUUCAAGAGUCCCGCGUGGCCCGAUGUGAAGCGAGACGAGAUCUUCAGCAGGAUCAACGACUUCCUCGAGACGGCCGUCGACGCGACUUAUCGGCCGCUCGGCAUACCCGUGCUCUAUCAGUCCUGGGAGGCGGCGAACGCCCGCGAGGACUCGGUCGACGUGGUCGAGGCGCAGAAGCGGCCGGCGCUGCUGCUCCGACUGGACCGCGUGGCGCGCAACUGGAUCAAGCGGGUGCGCGAGCAGCUCAAGCUCCAGCCGGUCAAGCUGCUGCAGCAGUCGUCGUCGUCGGCCGGCGAGGAUCAGCUCUACGACGUCAUCAACGAGUUCGAGUACUGGCACACCAGGUUCGAGAAUCUGUCGUGCUUGCUGCGUCAGUUGCGCGGCGCCGGCGUGCGCAAGACGACGCGACUGCUGCGUCGCAUACGCUCGACGUGCGUCGACGAUCUGCGCUGCCUGAGACGGCGCUGCAGGCUCGCCCUGGCCGAGACCGAGGACAAUCUGGCCUAUCUCGACGCGCUGCUCAAGCACUGCACGACCCUCGACGAUCCGGGCCGGCUGCUGGCCUCGCUCGCCACCAUUCUCCACAUCGUCCGUUUCGUCUGGACCGAGUCGUCGUACUAUUCCGAAACAUCGAACGUCGAGCGGCUGCUGUGCUCCGUGAGCGUCUACGUGGUCAGGGUGUGCGUAAACAGCGUCGACGCCAAGCUCAUCGUCGAUCGGCCGCUGGACUCGGCCAAGUCGAUCGAGGCUUGUCUGGCCUGCUGUCGGGAUUACCGCGUCAUUUACGACGACAUCAUAAGCGGCUGCAUCGAGAACGAGAGCAGAGAGUGGAAAGUCGACAAAGCAGUGGUGUUCAAUUGCGUCGAGGCUUUCGAGCAACGAUGCGAAGAUCUCUUGGAUAUCUGUCAGACGAUCGUCAUUUACGGAAGCCUGAACAAGAUCAAUCUGGGCGGCACGCGGGGACGCCGCCACGAGGCGCAGUACAAUCACAUACGCGACUACUUCAUGCGCGUCGUCGAGGAGACGCGCCAGGCCUGCGCCAGCUGCGCCCUGGACGUGCGACGCACCGACUGGUUCCCCGUCGCGGUGAGCUUUCGCGCGCGAAUCGCCGAUCUCGAGAAGACCAUGAGGACGCUGCUGCUCGGCCUGUUCGGCGACGACGGCGACGGGGACGACGUCGAGCCGGCCAUCGAGACGCUCUACGCGCUCCAGAGAUUUCGCGAUCGCAAGACCUUUCGCUGCCUGCUGCACGACAAGUGGACCCAGGUCUGGGCGAUGUUCGAUCGAGAGAUCGCGAUGCCGCCAGUGGACGACGCGAGCUUGUACGACGAGAUCCCCGCGGAUCGGUUCAGACUGCCGCGCCAAGACGAGCUGAGAGAUCCCGAGAUCAUCCGUCGAAAUUAUCUGAAGAGGCUGCACAGGAUGAUGAUCGACACGUCGGACUGGCUCGGCGACUGCGACGCGCAGCACGAGGUUCUGGCGAAAUAUUCCGCGACGGUUUGAAGAACGAAUCCGAGAGUGCGUCAUUUGUACA